AUGGCUUUUGAAAAUCGACGUGUAAUAUUUAUCACCAGUAGCGUUUUAGCUGUAACUGCUAUUUUAUAUAUUAUUGCCAAUGGUUUACCGAUGUGGUUUCAGUUGUCAGAUGCAUCGGGAUCAUUUAUAUUUGGAUUAUGGCAAGAUUGUCUUAAAACAGGAGCUAAACUGGUGUGCAAAAGUUUACCAACUGCAAGAGCCAAGGAUAAGGUGUUGGCAGCACGAGCGUUUAUGACAGUGAGCUGCAUUUUAUCUUCAUCCUCGGCUGUAUCUGUAUUACUAAUUGCAUUUGUGAACGAAAAUUUAAAGAAAAACAUAUCUGUGUUGGCAAAAGGUCUUGUUGUAGCAAGUGUCAUUGGCGGAAUUAUUGGAGUAUCUCUUGGAAUUAGCAUCACCGUCGAUGCGCUGAAUGCGGGUGCUAGUGUUGGCGCAUCAUUCAUAUUGGCUAUCAUUGCAUUAGUAUUUAAUAUAGCCGUCUAUGCUGUCCAUGCUGGUGAAUAUUUGUCCACCUUCAAGAUCAAUGCCAAAGCCGACAGAACUGCAUCAGUCAAGAACUAUGGUAGUACCUAUGGGCCUGACAAACGACGACACGUUGAAGAUUUGAAGAGAGCUGGCCUUUUGUGA